AUGUCCGGCCCCUCGGCCCAGCUGCACCCGCGGAGCGAUCUGCCCGCCGCCGCCGACGACUCCCUGCACUCUAACGCCGUCUUGCGACAUGCCUCGCAGGAGGAGCUCGAGCUGGCGCAGAAUUUGCGUGCCUUGAGCAACGCCCAGGACCAGCACCAGCAGCCCCCCGCCCGCGAGAACAACCCUCAGCCUCACGACAUGCCCCCGGAGCGCGAGCAGAGGCCGUUGCCAGACGCCAGUGGCAAAGCUCCCGAAGUCUCAGAGCACCACUCCCUCGAAGACAUCCAGCACUUUUCCGCCAACCCCCAGCCCCACCAACCCCGCACGCAUUCCCCCUCUCCAGGCGCCUCCACUCCGAGGCCGCCUGCUGCAAACGCCCCCAUGAACGGCCAGACCUGCAGCAACUGCGGAACCACGCGCACUCCCUUGUGGCGGAGGUCUCCCACAGGCGAGCCCAUCUGUAAUGCGUGUGGUCUGUACCUGAAGGCGCGGAACCAGUCGCGUCCUUCGAAUCUGAAGAGGAACCUAGCUCAGGCACCCACCAUGUCUGUGCAGCCAGGCCAGCGCACUCCCGAGCCCCAUGACCGUAGCCAGUCUCCUUCGGGGUGCCAGGCAUCGUCAAGACCUCCCUACGUUGCAGCCGAGCAGGCUUCUGGUACAUGUCCUGGAGGUGGUCGCUGUAACGGCACCGGCGGCCAGCAGGGUUGCAACGGCUGCCCGGCCUACAACAACCGCGUUUCCAAGACUGCUCGCUACGCCCUCGCUCACGUGAACUCUUCGACCAGUAACCCACAGACCAGUGUUAGCGAGGGGUCGGCGCCAGAAAGCGCUCAAACCGCACAGCAGCAGCAUCUCGCAACCCCGGCCGGCGCGAACGUCGUGCCCGCUUGCGCCAACUGUAGGACCACAGUCACCCCACUUUGGAGACGAGACGAGGCUGGCCACACAAUUUGCAAUGCCUGUGGUCUGUACUACAAGCUACAUGGCGUCCACCGCCCGGUGCAGAUGAAGAAGCAAGAGAUCAAGCGCCGGAAACGAGUUGUACCAGCCGUCCCGGCCGAACCUGCGAACCACCUCUUUGCCCAGCACCCUCCAGCACACUACCAGCAGCAUGGCCAACCGACCCAGCAGCCCCAGCGUAGCCCUUCUCAAGCAGCCGUCUCGCCCGCGCCAACCCAGGAGUCCUUCCCGGAGAGCAGACCUGAUUCGUAUACACGUUCUGACUCAGAGGUGGCAGCCCAUCUCCAGGCAUCGAUGAAUCAACAGCCACCGCCUGCGAGAUACGCGCCACCACCUGCCGACUUCACAAACUAUUUUCGACAGCAAAGCGCUGCCUCGUCGGCCUCGCGCACUGUCCCGCAACCGCAACCAUAUCCAACAUCACCAGCAUCUUCGGUCCCUAGCAAACGCUCGGCAUCCGUGGGUGUUGAUGAUGAAAUCCUUCCCGAUGCCCCGCGCUCGACGUCUAACAUCCCGCAGCUCCUAAAUAUCGACCCAGACCUUCCGGCUUCCAACCCAGUAACUCACGCCGAUGGUUCCACUAACAGAACAUCGCCUCCCACGCCACAGAUGAGCCCCGAGCAGCGACACGCUAAGCGUAUGCGACUGGAGCUGGAGAUGCAAGAACUGCAGAAGAAGGUGCUGGAUGUGCAGAUGGAGAUCAAGAGGCUGGAUACUAGUCAUGAGGGUGAAUCGAGGAGCCAGGGUCCAACUAUCACCGUCGAUGGCGCGAGUCAAGGAACUGCAACUGAUGGGAGGAAGUAA